UAAUUCACGUUAUCUGUAUUAUUUAUUAAAAAAAGAUAAAUAUUUCAGUCAGUUGUUGAGAAUCUUACUUUUUAACGAUCUUUGUUGCGGAGUGAAAUGGGCGGAGUCUAACAGGAGCAUAAUCAAGAUGGCCACCUUCACUGAAAGGAUGGCGCCUGUCUUGGUGCUCUGGCUGGCCGUGUGUCUCAGUGGGACCUGGGCUGUGGACAAGGGCAACUUCAAGACCUGUGACCAGAGUGCCUUCUGCAAGCGUCAGCGAGCAUUGAAGCCUGGUGAGUCUCCCUAUCGAGCCCUGCUGGAGACCAUGGAGCUGACCAACACCAGACUCACCCUGCAGCUCAUCAAUGACAACAAUAAGGUGCGUCUGCUGCUCGAGCUCUACCGUCUCCAAGGAAACAUAACAAGGGUGAAGAUUAACGAGCUGAAGCCGCUGAAGCCUCGUUACGAGGUCCAAGACGUGCUCAUCAGGGAGCCACCUACUGAGCCCCUGUCUCUCUUGUCUCAGGAUGAGAACGGGGUGGUGCUGUCUCUGGGGCCGGAGUCUCAGAGGGUCAUCGUCAGCGCCAGGCCCUUUCGAUUGGACAUCAUGGAAGGGCGAGACGUGCUGAUGUCGCUGAAUUCGCGCGGCCUGCUGGCUUUUGAGCACCUGAGGAUGCGCAAGGACACUUUCUCCUAUAAAGUAACUAGCACAGUGGCUAGCGUGUGGGAUAAUAUCAAGAGGGUAUUCUCUAGUCAGGCAGACCCAGAGGCCGAGAAGAAAGAGGAGGCUGAUCCGGCAAACCAGGCCGAGACACCAAAAGAAGAGGAAGAGAAAGUAGAAGACGGGAUGUGGGAGGAAACGUUUAAAUCACACUCGGACAGCAAACCUAAUGGUCCAUCUGCCAUUAGUUUAGACUUUUCGCUGCCAGGGGUGGAGCACGUCUACGGCAUCCCAGAACAUGCAGACACCCUCAGACUCAAAACAACAGACAAUGGAGAUCCAUAUCGACUCUACAACCUGGAUGUGUUCCAAUACGAGCUAUAUAACCCUAUGGCCCUUUAUGGCGCUGUCCCAGUCAUGUUGGCCCACAACGGCCAGCGGACCACAGGCAUCUUCUGGCUCAAUGCUGCUGAGACCUGGGUGGAUAUUAGCUCCAACACAGCUGGAAAGACUGUGUUUGGGAAAAUGCUGGAUUAUGUGCAGGGCUCCAGUGAGACGCCGCAGACAGAUGUGCGUUGGAUCUCUGAAAGUGGCAUCAUCGAUGUCUUCAUUAUGCUGGGACCAACACCCAAAGACGUCUUCUCUCAGUAUGCCUCCCUCACAGGCACCCAGUCCUUCCCUCCCCUAGCUGCUCUGGCCUACCACCAGUGCAGAUGGAACUACAACGACCAGGAAGACGUGCAGACAGUGGAUGCGGGCUUUGACGAGCACGACAUCCCCUAUGACUUUAUCUGGCUCGACAUCGAGCACACAGAUGGCAAGCGCUACUUCACCUGGGAUCCACACAAGUUUGCAACACCUAAGGAAAUGCUGCAGGGUCUCUUGGACAAGAAACGCAAGAUGGUGGCCAUUGUGGAUCCUCAUAUCAAAAUAGACAGCAACUACAAGAUCCAUAAUGAAAUCCGCUCUCGGGGUUUCUAUAUCAAGAAUAAAGAUGGUGGAGACUACGAGGGCUGGUGCUGGCCUGGUAGUGCCGGGUAUCCAGACUUCACCCGUGCAGACAUGAGGGCCUGGUGGGCCAGCAUGUUCACCUACGAUCAGUAUGAGGGUUCCAUGGAAAACCUGUACACAUGGAACGACAUGAAUGAGCCAUCGGUCUUUAACGGGCCAGAGGUCACAAUGCACAAGGACGCAGUGCACGGAGCCUGGGAGCACCGUGACGUGCACAACAUAUAUGGCUUCUAUGUGCAAAUGGCCACAGCGGAGGGUCUGAUCCAGAGGUCAGGAGGAGUUGAGCGACCAUUUGUCCUGACCAGAGCCUUCUUUGCUGGGUCACAGCGCUAUGGUGCUGUGUGGACCGGAGAUAAUGCUGCUGAGUGGGACCAUCUGAAGAUCUCUAUACCCAUGUGUCUGAGCCUGGGCCUGGUUGGAAUCUCUUUCUGUGGUGCGGACGUUGGUGGUUUCUUCAAGUCUCCGAGCACUGAGCUGCUGGUGCGUUGGUACCAGACGGGGGCCUACCAGCCAUUCUUCAGGGCCCACGCCCACCUGGACACACCCCGCCGCGAGCCCUGGCUGUUUGGCCCAGAAAACACAGCACUGAUCCGUGAAGCUGUUCGCCAGCGUUACACCCUCCUGCCCUACUGGUACCAGCAGUUCUAUCACGCACACCGCACUGGACAGCCCGUCAUGAGACCACUGUGGGUGGAGUAUCCUCAGGAUCCUGCUACUUUCGCUCUGGAUGACGAGUUCUUGAUCGGGAGAGACUUGCUGGUGCACCCAGUUACUGAGGAGGGAGCCAGGGGAGUCACCGCCUACCUGCCAGGCAAAGACGAGGUUUGGUUUGACGUCCACACCUUCCAGAAGCACAAUGGGGCCCAGAAUCUUUACAUCCCUGUCACCAUGAGCUCUAUCCCUGUGUUCCAGCGAGGCGGCUCCAUUAUUCCCAGGAAGCUUAGAGUUCGCAGGUCCUCCACCUGUAUGGAGCAUGAUCCCUACACUUUAUAUGUGGCUCUUAACCCCCAGAGAACUGCAGAGGGUGAGCUCUACAUUGACGAUGGCCACACCUUCAACUAUGAAAAGAAGGAUUUCAUCCACAGGAGGCUGUCCUUCGCCAACAACAUCCUCUCUUCUGUUAACCUGGCUCCAGAUGCCCAGUUUUCCACCCGCUCCUGGAUUGAACGCAUUGUCAUACUGGGAGCCAGUAAGCCCAGCAAGGUUACCUUUAAGUCUGCUGGUGGUCAGGAGAGCCAGCUAGAGUUUGAGUUUGACGCCUCCAUGUCAGUGUUGACGCUUCGCAAGCCCGGCAUGAACGCAGGGGUAGAUUGGACCGUGACUCUUCAGUAACCAUGGAGACAGGAGGAGGAGGAGAAAAUAAUGACUGAUUUGGGCUGAACAGGAGGAGAGAACCAGACACAAGGCACUAAUACCCCCGACUAACUACAGCAAGACUACAGGAUAGCCACCAUGGAAAAUAAAGGACAUAAAUAUACACACACACACACACACACAACAAAUUAAUUACACACACUGGCUGUGUGUGUGCAGUUUUCAUCCCUGCACACACACAUAAACCCAUGUUGACCUGUUAGUCAAACUGAACCACGUAACGUCUCUGCCAUGUCCCUGUUGUGUUCAGUCGCACUGUAAUACCUAACAAAAAGGGUUACUACUAGAUAGAUAAUUAUGUUUGUAACGUUUUGUCAGAUAGAUGACAACUAAGCAACUCAAAUCAUACCAUUGUAAUGAAUCUUUGGGUUUAAGAAAGAAAACAUUCGGGCAGUCUUCUUUUUAAUCGUCCACGCCGGCCUAAGAAGAAAGAUCACUGUGGGGGGGUUGUUUGCUAUUUAAAAUAAAGGUUCACAUUCAGCACAUGCUCCACCUGCUGGUGAUUUCCUCUGUUUCUGACUUGAUAAUUUUCAAAAAAAUUCAUUCCAUCCCUCUUUUAAGCCAAGCACUAAAAUCAGCUAAGAGAUCGACCUUGUUUUACUCGUGCCACAUUUCAUAUAUUUGGGGAGGGCUUGCCAACAAUCAGCUGUGUGGUUCCACACUUUACUUUCAUCCUCUCCCUGAAUCCGUCAGCGAUGAAUUUGUGUGCAUGGAAAUGAUUCAAUAUCAUCGCUUCACAUUGGAAGUGAUCAGGUCGUUCAGCUGCUGCACAGAGAGAUUUUCAGCUGUUCUUUUGAGCAAAGAUGGCAAUGGGAAUCGCUUCAGGGGACUGAACCACUGAUUUUGUGGAUCAUCCUUUUGACGUGCUUUCUUUGUUUUAUUGAGUUCUUUUUCCAGCGUUGUUUACUAGAUUAUUUUUAAUGCACUUGAGGAAGUGUGAGAACAUAAAAGUUGUUUAGAUUUUCAUGUGUUACUAGAUGUCGGGACCGUGCAGGAUUUCCAGUGUGUCAUUUGGAACAAGUCAAAUCUAAUCCUUGAAAGGUGUUUCACUAGGAAACAUAAAUUUCUUCUGAUUUACACAAAAUUAAAUCCUAAAUGCAGACUGAGCAGUCGUAAAGAUUCAAAUGAUUCUCUGGAAACUCUGGAUUAUGUCCCGACUAGUGAAAUCAUCUGACCUUUUUAGGAGUUUUCUUGUUCUAUGAGUUUGUCUUCUUGAUUGUUUUUAUGAUCAUAAAUGUACAUGUUGCUACGAUUUUGUUGGUGAUGGCUUGAAUCGGUGGAAAUGGAAGUGAAGGAACAGAUUUCAGCUGUCAUUCAAAGUUGUCAGAUGUACUUCAAAAGAUGAGACCAAGUGAAAAUAAAGUUGACCAAAUGUAAAAGAA